AUGCGUUUCGAUGGCAAAGGACGAUGCUUGCGAAUCGCUAGCCUCCAUUUCGCGCCGUGGUACGUCCGUCUCCCCGAUGGCCAGGGUCGCCAGCGAUUAGGUGGAGUCUUCGGCAGCAUGAUGACAAGCAUCAUGGCCUCUCUCAAUUUAACGUACGUUGUAUUCCCUCCGAGAGAUGGCCAAUACGGCAUGGCUUUACCGAAUGGGAGCUUCAAUGGCAUGCUCGGUAUGGUACGAGAUGGCUCUGCGGACAUUGCCGCUGGUCCUUUCUCGUCCAGCGAGGAAAUAUUUCAGCACUUCUACGUGCCUCCAUCAAUAAUGAGUACGGUGAUGGUCAUGCUCAGCGGUAUGGAAACUGCAUUCGUGAACAAGGCGCAAAGUUUCACGAACUCUUUCGCCUCGGAAGUGUGGCUUGGACUGCUCGUUUCCUUCGCGGCGAUGUCAGGCCUGAUGGCUUUCCGAGAAUAUUUGGUGCAGGAUCGAAAACUGAAGUGGAAGCGAGUUUUCCGUUUCUGUUUCGAACUCUUUCAGGCUCUUCUACAGGAAGCAUCGAAGAGCAAGUUCAGAGGUCCUUUCGCCAGACUACUCGCCGCGGUAUGGUUUCUCUUCUCUCUGAUAUUCGGCCACUCUUUCGCCAGUCAAUGUCGAGCCAAUUUGAUCGUCAGGUCCCCCACCGAGAGGAUAGACACGGUGGAGGAUCUCGUAGCUCGACCCCACCUGACAAUCUACUACGCCAAGAACUCACCCCUGGAGAGCCGUAUGAAAAAUCUGGUCGGAGAGCGGGGCGAUAGGCUUCGGCAACAUAUUGCGGCCAAUUCCGAAGGAAGCAGCCUAACAAGCCUCCUGACCGACGAGCUCCUCGAGAGAAUCGUGGCUAAGAAAGGCGUGAUCUUCAUGGAGAAACUAACGAUCUUGCCCGCGAUCAAUAGGUGGUGCCUCAAAGCCGAUAAUUUCUUCCACAUCAGUAGCGAGAACUUGGCAGAGCUCACGGCGAUCUGGGCGUUGUCGAAGUCUCUGGGUCGAGACUUGGAAUCCGCCUUGGAUAUGAAGUUCGUUCUUCUGACGUACUGA